AUGGGUUCUAAUCAUAGUGUUCAAAUUAACAUCCAUCUCGAUCGCGCAAAUUCAUUCUAUUUCGCGGGUGAAACAGUUUCCGGAACAAUCAAUGUUCGUAUCAGUGCAGGACAAAUCAAACUUGAUGAAAUUCUUCUACUAUUAGCAGGUGAAAGUGGUUAUACAACAACUCAUACCGUAACUGACUCGAAUGGUUCGACAUCGGUAGUAAUCAAUUAUCUUACAAAGUCAUUUUUGAAAACAAUAACUACCAUAGAAAGUCCUUCUUCAGAGCAAAAAAAAUUGAUCUAUAAUCCAGGAAGCUAUUCAUGGCAUUUUGAUAUUCCGCUGCCUUCACAAUUGCCACCUUCACUUAAUCUGCCUCAAAGUUAUCCUCAUGUUCGAUAUUACUUGAAGUUAGUGAUGGAUAAACCAUGGUACAAGCGAAAUGCUACCGAAAUUCUCUAUUUGACAGUCUUUCCACGCAUGGAUCUAUUACACGAUGCGCAGCUGCUUACUCCAACUUUAUUUAGCGAUCAUAAUCGAAAUGACGUCACUCUCAAAGGAACCAUACACAAACUCGCUUAUCUACCAGGUGAGACAAUUACGGGAACGCUAGAAAUCAUCAAUCCUCGACGAAGUGUAUUGAAACAGAUCAAAUUAUUAUUAAUUCAACAUUAUAAAAUUGAAUGUAACACGAAGCAAGAAAAGUUAGUCGACAUCAUUCUACCAAUAGUAGAUCAUCGAAAUGAUGAGUAUAUCAUGGACAAGUUCUCCUUGACUGUACCAUCCAUUCCACUACCUCCAUCUUAUGAUUUCCACGAUGGUUACGAUCACAAAACACAUGUUAAUAUUCAUUACAAUCUUGAAUUUCAAGUGAAAAUCGAAGGAAUGUUUACUAAUUUUGAUAUUCCAGUACCGAUUACAAUAGCUAGCAUAUCCGACAUGAAUUCGAAUAAUUACGAACCACAUCGAAAUAUGAACUUUUCACAAAAUUCAUUAUCGUAUUAUCCAGAAAUAGACAUUGACGAUAAGACAAAUCCUCCACCAAGCUAUGAUUCUAUCGUAUUUCAUGAUUAA